AUGAUGGAAGGAUUGAAAAAACGUACAAGGAAGGCCUUUGGUAUACGCAAGAAAGAAAAGGAUACUGAUUCCACAGGGUCACCAGACAGGGACGGCAUCCCACCCAGCCCUCAUCCCAAUGAGCCACCUUGCAAUAGCAAACCCGAGAGUGUGCGUGAAGGAGGAAAAAAAAUUUUGAAGAAAACGAAUGGAGCCCCGAAUGGAUUUUAUGCGGAGAUCGACUGGGACAGAUAUAAUUCACCUGAGCUUGAUGAGGAGGGAUACAGCAUCCGACCUGAGGAACCAGGCUCUACCAAAGGAAAGCACUUCUACUCCUCGAGUGAAUCCGAAGAGGAAGAGGAGGCACACAAGAAGUUCAACAUUAAGAUCAAGCCUUUGCAGGCUAAAGACAUCCUGAAGAGCGCGGCGACAGUGGACGAGCUGAAGGCGUCGAUAGGCAACAUUGCACUUUCUCCAUCCCCUGUGAGGAAAAGUCCGCGGCGCAGCCCGGGGACGAUUAAAAGGAAUUUAUCCAGUGAGGAGAUUGCACGGCCCCGGCGUUCCACGCCGACGCUGGACUCCGCCAGCAAGAAAGCUGGGGAGGACUCCGCUGCGCUGGCCCCGCUCUUCGGGCCCCCGCUGGAGUCGGCAUUCGAGGAGCAGAAGCUGGAUGCUACUCUAGAUCAGCCUGAGAUAUGGGGUUCGGUCCAGCCUAUCAAUGCAAGUGUAGAGUCCCCAAAGCUACCGAGACCUUUUCCAACUGGAACGCCUCCACCGCUCCCACCGAAAAACAUCCCGGCCACGCCGCCGCGCACUGGCUCUCCUCUGACGGUGGGAAUAGGAGGGGACCAGACAGCAGCAGAGCUCAAAAGUGACAAACUUCCGUCCAUCAAUGACUUGGACAGCAUUUUUGGCCCCGUGCUAUCCCCCAAGUCUGCUGCUGUUAACACGGAAGAUAAGUGGGUCAAUUUUUCUGAUCAGUCCCCGGAAAACGUGACUCCGGAGUUGACGCCCCAGGAAAAAGCAGGGUCCCCACCAGCGGCAGUGGGCAGCCCGGCCGAUGCUCCAGCGGCUGAGCCCUCCCGCCCGAUCCCUUCGCCGCUCCACCUGGAAGAGGUUCACAAGAAGGUUUCUGAGCAGCCCCACCUUAAGGAUGAUAACUUGGAGCCGGCUGCCUCUCCCAAAGAUUUUGGGCUGGGACAAAGAGCAACCCCACCUCCCCCUCCACCACCCACCUACAGGACAGUGGUCUCCUCACCUGGACCGGGCACCAGCAGCGGCACGGGAAGCACCAGCGGUUCCUCGUCCCCGGCUCGCCCUGGCACACCGCUGGCCGCUUGCAGCACCCCUCCGCCACCGCCGCCCCGGCCCCCCUCCCGGCCCAAGCUGCCCCCUGGCAAGCCCGCCGUCGCCGACGUGUCCAGGCCUUUUAGCCCUCCUAUUCACUCAUCCAGCCCUCCUCCGAUAGCACCUUUAGCCCGUGCUGAAAGUACUUCUUCCAUAUCUUCCACCAAUUCCCUGAGUGCAGCCACCACUCCCACCGUUGAGAAUGAACAGCCUUCCCUCGUUUGGUUUGACAGAGGAAAGUUUUAUUUGACUUUCGAAGGCUCAUCCCGGGGACCCAGCCCCCUCACCAUGGGGGCACAGGACACCCUGCCCGUCGCCGCCGCCUUCACGGAAACAGUCAACGCAUACUUCAAAGGGGCCGACCCGAACAAGUGUAUUGUGAAGAUCACGGGGGAGAUGGUGCUGUCGUUUCCAGCGGGCAUCACCCGACAUUUUGCCAACAACCCCGCUCCAGCAGUGCUCACCUUCCGUGUGCUGAACUACAACAGGCUGGAGCACGUCCUGCCAAACCCCCAGCUCCUCUGCUGUGACAACACGCAGAGUGACGCCAGCACGAAAGAGUUCUGGGUCAACAUGCCAAAUCUGAUGACUCACCUAAAGAAGGUAUCGGAACAGAAACCGCAAGCCACCUAUUACAAUGUGGAUAUGCUCAAAUACCAGGUAUCUGCCCAGGGUAUUCAGUCUACUCCAUUAAACCUUGCAGUGAGCUGGCGGUGUGACCCUGCAAGCACUGACCUGCGCAUUGACUACAAAUACAAUACAGAGGCAAUGACCACACCGGUAGCUCUAAACAAUGUCCAGUUCCUCAUCCCCGUCGACGGAGGAGUAACCAAACUUCAAGCUGUGCUUCCUCCUGCUGUCUGGAAUGCUGAACAGCAAAGGAUAUUGUGGAAGAUCCCUGAUAUCUCUCAGAAGUCAGAAAAUGGAGGUGUGGGGUCUCUACUGGCCCGAUUCCAGCUCUCGGAGGGGCCAAGCACCCCAGCCCCCCUGGCCGUGCAGUUCACCAGUGAGGGGAGCACACUGUCCAGCUGCGACAUCGAGCUUGUCGGCGCCGGCUACCGCUUCUCCCUCAUCAAGAAGAGGUUUGCAGCAGGUAAAUACUUGGCCGAUAACUGAUGGAAGCUUAUGCAAGUCUAUGGAAAAUAAUAUGGAAAAUACCCAAGGACUGCUGGGCGUGGAACGGGUUUUAAUUACAGUUUAAGGAAAAUGAACUAAAUCCUGCACUUGGGACAUUUCUGUUGGAAGUGUCAACAACUUUCAGCAUUUUUUCCUUGGAAAACACCGUCUUGACCAGUCCUACAGUAUUUACUUCUAGAUGUAACAUUGUUAAUGGUUUUAAAAUGUAAUUAUUGUAUUUGUAAAUUGUACUCAUUCCAGUAAGGCUGUAUUUUGGCAGUUAGACACUUGAGUUUUAGCAUUUUACCAUUCAUGAAAUGGAUGUAAUUUAAACUGUGGUAUAUAAAUUUAAUAGUAGUACUGUCGAAUGGCACAAUGCUUACAGAGGUAGAUUACAUUUUGUCAAUAUAUACGAUUUAAAUACAAUACUGAUAGCUGUUAUGAAGGGGGUGCCUCAUAAAGAGAG